AUGGAUGAAACCUCAGACUUGCAUACAAAAGGGAAGAAAGACAAUGAGACAACAAAGAAGAAACAAAGAGGUUUUUAUCUCGAUUAUGGCACAGAAUGUUCCGAUUACAAGAUGAUAAUCUUGAGAGAGGCUUCAGUAUAUAUCGCAAUGGAAGAAAGGAAAAUGCUAUUCUUGGCUAGGAUGAGGGAAAGAGCCCAGAGAUGGAGGAUGACUGCAAGACAUCUUAUAGUUUUCACUGUGAUUUGGAGGUUCCGUUUGGAAAUGAUAAGAAAGGAAAAACCUGAAAACUGUGGAGAAAACUUAGGGCAGAAACGGAAAGCCAAGAUUGAUGAGCUAAAAGAGAAGACAAACUACUACAUCACUCAACAGCUAAUUCAGAGAUAUGACACUGAUCCAGCUGCAAAAGCAGCAGCUGCAGCGGUCCUUGCAUCUAAGUUGGGUGCAGAUUCUGGCUUGAAAGUGCAUUUGGGAGAUGGGAAUGAACUUAAUAAUAAUCUCACCUCUGGGAAGAGCAAUGAUGUAGAGUUUGUACAAUCUAGUGGGCUACGGAAUAGGAAAGCACCGCUAUACAAAUCCAAUAGCACAGAAAGCAGCACAAUGUUGCAGAAUCUUUCUCCUUCAUGGGGUUGGGAUGAUGAUACGCAUUCUGUUACCCAAAAUGAGUUGGUUGUUGAACAUUAUUCAGGAACCACAAAGUAUAACAACGGUUGGAUUGCUCAAAUUGCAGCAUUGCUAGUGGGGGAAGAUCCUGCACAAUCUUAUGCUCUUAUCUGUGGAAACUGCCAUAUGCACAACGGCCUUUCAAGGAAGGAGGACUACCCUUACAUAACUUACUAUUGCCCACAUUGUCAUGCCCUCAACAAACCAAAGAACCACGAUGGGCUGUCCGGUCCAGAUUCACCAACUGCCUUGAAUAGCAACAAUGUUGUUGGUGAUGGGCUAUCUGGUUUGGUUCCUCCAAUCAUCGCCUUGAAUAAUGUCGUUGGUGGUUCUGUUGAUAACCAUCAGAUCCCUGUUAGUAGUCCCGCACUGCUCCUGCUGCUGCAGAAAUUGUCCCCAGAAAUUGAAAAGGUCAGGUCCAUUGAUCCACCUACCCCGACAGGUAAGGGCUGUUUCUGUAGUCAAAAGAAGUUCAGAGGUUAUUAUUGUAAUUCUCUAGCAUUUGUGGUAAUGACUGCUUUUUUUAAAUGUGUGAUGGAACUAAAUUUGAUUUUGGGCUUGUAAAGUUUUAGAACAGAAAAUAAGGUGAGAAUGUGCAAUAUUCCACAUAUAAAAGGUCAAAUGGAAGUUGAUAAUGUACCAUUUUUGAGAGAUCA